AGUGUAAUGGCAGUACGUCCGACCGGUAAUCGGAAGGUCUGGGGUUCAAUUCCUCAGUCGGGCAGUGGUCUUUUUCCGUUCUGUCGUGAUAUAACAUCUCGCUGGGUGAUUACGGGGCGUAACAAAUUUCUUCUUUGUUACUUUGUUACCAGCAACAAGAAAUAAUUGCGUUGCUUGUUACUAUUAAUAGUAACAGUAAUGGUAAACAGCCAGCCUUACUCUCAUGUCGUUUUUGUUGAUACUCUUCACCUUCUCUGAUUAGACGUUCUUCACAAAUGAUCAGUAUGCUAAAAAGCUUUUAAACAGAUUAGAAACAAUUGUAUCACCCGUCGAACAGUCAAAGAUUACUACCAUUUAUAAUAUUAUUGGUCGUCUUUACUAUCAAAAAGGAAACUAUGAUAAAGCGUUAAAAUAUUAUAGUAAAGAAUUUCCUGUUACUACUGAUUAUGAUAAUUCAAAAUAUGAAUCUAAUCUAAAUAAUGUUGCUACUAUUUAUUUUAAAAAAAGGUCAAUAUGACCUUGCAUUAAUUUCGUACAAUAAAGCAUGAGAAAUUUUUGAAAAAAUUUACCAUAUGCAGUUUUAAGAAUUGCUAGUUGUCUUAAUAACGUUGAUCUUAUACAUGAUAAAAAAUCGAAGAUAGAUCAAACAUUAAUCUGUUAUAAAAAAUCUUUGAAAAUAUAUCGAAGUAAUGCUACAUCAGAGAACUACAUGAUAAAGCGUUAGGGCAAUUUAUACAAUAUUUAAAAAUGUUAGAAAAAACAUUUAAAAAUGAUCAUUCAGACAUUGAUGAUACAUUAAAUUAUACUGGUUAUAAAGCGAAAAAACCUCCGGCUUUUAAAGAUGAUGCUUGUGAAAUUAGGCUGCUUGAUUUUAAAUUAGGAGAUGUUCGAUUAAUAGGCUCAAAUUUGCAGUUGUCUGAUCGUGUACUACUCCUUGGAUUUGCAAGUCCUGCAUUAACAAGAACCUUGUAUUAUGAAGCCAUACAGACAAAUAUGCUACAGGAAAAUGCAAAACUUAUUGAUGUACUUCCAGAGCAAAGUCUUCAUGAUGUAUCGUUGGAAGUGCAACGUAUAGCGAUUAAUGAUUUAGCGUGUCACAGCAGCGGACUGCCAGAUUAUGCUAAACAAAAUUGUAACUCACCUAACGAUUUGUUAUUGGCGCUGAAAACGUUAGACAAUCUAUCAACGGAGAAACUAAGUAUUUUGGCUAUCUCAUUGUUGGGACACGCACUCGCGGCUCUUCACGAUACAUCGUACGACGAUUUGUUUCAAGAAAAGAUUGCUGGUCCAUUAGAACUAUUCAAUACGUACGUAAAUUACGGUCUGGAAGCUUAUUAUCUGGCUUGCGGUAUUCAAAGUACACUUGAUGAUAUGAGUAAACUUUUAAUGAUACUCUAUUGCAAUGAAAAUCAUAGUUCUACUACGAUUAUUCAAGCGCUUCGAAAAAGUUUCAGUGACAAUAUCGCAUAA